AUGGGCUCUCUGACUCAACCGUCGUCCUUCGACGUUAACAAAGUCGCAAUCAUUGGCGCGGGCCCUACUGGAGUCGCUGCUGCGAAAUACCUCAUAGCGCAGGGAAUUCAAGAUAUCACCAUCUUUGAGCAGCAGGAUCAUGUUGGCGGCAUUUGGCGUUACUACGGGCUUGCCCUUGGAACUUGUCCUAUCCCUCAGGAAGAUCCCUUCUACCCCCCAGAUAACCCCAUUCGAUGGAAUUCGACCUCGGCGCCAAUAUUCACAUCACCCAUGUACGAAAAUUUGCAUGCCAAUAUUCCCAAGGAGGUCAUGAACUUUUCCCACCAGCCCUUCCCUGAGGACUCCAAGCUGUUCCCCGAACGACCUAUGAUCGAGGACUAUCUCGUUAAGUAUGCUGAGGACAUCAAACCCCUAAUUCGGUUCUGUCAGCGUGUCGAGAGAGUGUCCUUGAAGCCUGAAGAUGGUCGGGACAAGUGGGAGGUAGAAGCACACUCGACAAUUAACGGCGCCAACAUGACCACGGAUGUCUUUGACGCCGUUGUCGUUGCAAACGGCCACUACUCAACGCCUUAUAUACCCGACAUGCAGAGCUUAAAAGAGUUCAACGAGGCUUACCCCGGUGUGAUCACGCACUCGAAACAGUACCGCACUCCCCACCCGUUCAAAGACCACAAAGUGGUCGUGAUUGGUAACGGUCCGUCCGGUCUCGACAUUGCUCUGCAGAUCAACCAAGAGUGCACAAGGCCUGCUCUCUUGUCCGUACGCCAUCCUACACCCCCUGAUAGACUAGCACAUUCUGGGUGUGAAGAGAGAGCUGAAGUUGACGAGUUCUUGGUUGAGGAGAAGGGCAUUCGCUUCAAGGAUGGCCGAGUCGAAACUGACAUUGAUGACAUUGUCUUUUGUACUGGAUUUCUCUACGGGUUUCCCUUCCUACAAGAUCUCGGCCACAAGAUUGUUACUACAGGCCGAGGUGUGCAUGGGCUGUACCAGCAUAUUUUCAACAUCCAACAUCCUACGCUGGUCUUCCCCGGCCUCAACAUGAAGGCAGCUCCCUGGCCAUUAGGCGAAAGCCAAGCCGCGCUCAUCGCAGCUGUAUGGUCAAACAACCUUGAGCUUCCAACUCGAGAGGUCAUGGAAGCCUGGAGCCAGGCACUAGAGAAGCAAGAGGGAGACGUGUUGCAUGCGUUUGGCCCAAAUGAAGACGGCCACUACAUCAACAAGCUACAUGAUUGGGUUCUGACGGCCAAGCGGCCGGGCAAGGAGCCACCUUACUGGAAUGACGAGCUCAUGUGGCAGCGCAGCGUCUUCCUUGAAGCCAAGUCGAGGUUUGAGAAGCUCGGCUGCAAGGCCCAAACGUUUGAGGAAAUUGGUAUGCACUAUGAACCUGGAGCUCAGCACGAUACGAGAAAGGAACAGUAUGAACUAUGA